AGCAGCAGCACUGCACCUUUGCCACCUUCUGAUCCUGUCCAUCUCCUCCAGCCUUUCCUUUCGGGGAACCAGAGCAGGGCAAGAACAGCAGAGUCCUCACGGGGUACGGUUGGGCCGGAGCCGGACCAUGGCCGCGGAGUGGUGGUGGCCGUCGCUGGCGGCGGCGUGGCUGGGCUCCGAGGCCGCGUGGUUCCUUGUCCUGAACGUGGUCAUCGCCGCGAUCGCCGUGCUGUCCUCGCGGGCGCGUCCAUCCGCGUCGCCACGCAGCGGCGGCGUCACGCGCAGGGCCUCGUCGGCGCUGCUGCAGCGCCUCCGCUCCUUCUCCAUCUUCUCCUACCCUUCCGCAUGCUUCGACACCCCGACCUCGCUGCAGCCCGCCGCCGCCCACGCCGCCGCCCAAGAAACAGAGGAGCCGGCGACCAUGCCGGUGCCGUCGCCGCACGCCCUUGUGGUCACAUCACAGCCAGCGCCGGCAGCAGACGAGGAGGAGGAGGAUCCGAGCGCGAUGAGCAUGGAGGAUGCCUACGCUCUGGUCCUGGCCUCACGGUCACGGCGGCCGCCAGAGCCGGCGAGGCGGUCCGACGUGGAUGCCGAGGCGGAGGACCUGCGGCAGCAGCGGCUCAACUCCAUCUUCAACUAUACCCAGAUGCUCAAGCAGCGCGCCGCGCUCCGUGCCGGCCGCCGCCAGACGGAUGCCCGGCGAGAUCAGCUUUGACUCACCUGUUCUGUUCGUUCAGAUCGAUGUUGGUCAGCAUUUUCAUGCAUGGAGACGAAAUCAUUUUUUACGUUUUUGUACAUAGGCUACUUGCGUUCGUCAGUCUGCACAGUUUUUGGUCUUUUUCCUUUUGCUAUGCACAUUUGUGCCAUUUUAUCCUAGUCCGUUUCAUUUGUUCUUUGAUGGAGACUCUGAUCGAUACCGUGUAUCUUGAAUGUGAAACUAAGAUACAUUAAAAAGUAUUUGACUA